AUGGAUUCGAAGCCCUACGUGGCUUUGCUUCCACCUGACGUCUACAACAUCAUUACGUCGCAUUUAUCCGUUCGUGAUCUCUUCCCGCUGGCACACACUAGCAAGGCCUUCCAGCGCGCGGCAGAAUCCCGGAUAUACGAAACGCUGGUUCUCCGAGACGCCCAACGAGCAAUCCUCUGCCUCCACAGUUUAGGCCUGCACAACGCUGCGCGCACCUCGUACGUCCGACGGCUCUACCUCUACCAGGACCCCGGCCGCACACCUCCGCGCCUGCAUUUCGGCACCAUCCCGGUGCAGUUCUGGUCGCACCUGCAAGCUGCACUACUGCGUAUGCCGCGACUGGAAUACAUCAUGUUCGGGGACCCGACCGCAUCUCACGCAUGGGUACUCCACCAUGCCGACCGCCCCGUGCCCUUCCAGCUUCGGGAGGCAAACUUCAACCUCGCCUGGGGCCCGCACCUCGCCGCGUUCCUCAACCGGCAGAAGCGCCUGCGUAUACGGCCACUGUGCGCCCUCGAGCCGGGCGCGCUCCCCGCCCUCCAAGUGCUCAGCGCGCCGGUGCUCGUCGUUGCAGAAAUCCUCGUUGUAGCACCGCCAGUGACACACCUCCAGAUUGUCGCAGACGACGACACCAUGCCGCUCGUCCCGACCCUCGUCGCGGACGCGGCGGAGACCAUGCCGGGGCUCAUCAACCUGAGUUUCCUCGGCCUCCCCACGGUCUGGCGCGCGCUCAUGGGCAUGCCCGCGCUCAAGUUCGUGGUGUUCGACUUCAGCCGCUGGGCCCCGCUGCCGACGGAAGUCUUACAGAAGAUGGUCGUGCUCGAUCUGCAGAUAUACGCCCCCGGCGUCCGCCAGGUGGUCGUGUGGAUCGAACAUCACCGCCUCUGCUGGGUUGGGCGUCCGCUGUCUGACUCGUCGUGGCGGCAUUGGUAG